CCGCCCCCUCCCGGCCCGGGCCGGCCCCGCUGGCUCGGCUCAAAGUUUGCGGCCGCCCCUGCGCCCGCCGAUGUAUGGGUGAUAUACUGCGGCGGCGGCGGGCGAGGGACGGCCAUAUUUGCCGGUGCGGCCCGACCGGCGACAACAAAAAGUGCGCGGGAGCUCGGCGGGCGCACGGACGGGCGCACGGACGCCGGGCCCGCCUCGCCGCCGCCCGGCCUCGCCGCCGCCGCCGCCUCGCGGGCCGGGCCCCGCUGCGCCCCGCCGCCCGGGGGGAUGUCUUACAAACCGAACUUGACCGCGCACAUGCCCGCCGCCUCCCUCAACGCCGCUGGGAGCGUCCACCCGCCUUCCACCAGCAUGGCGACGUCCUCCCAGUACCGCCAGCUGCUGAGUGACUACGGACCGCCAUCUCUAGGCUACACGCAGGGAACAGGGAACAGCCAGGUGCCCCAGAGCAAAUAUGCUGAGCUGCUGGCCAUCAUCGAAGAGCUGGGGAAGGAGAUCCGGCCCACGUACGCGGGCAGCAAGAGCGCGAUGGAGAGACUGAAACGAGGCAUCAUCCACGCGAGAGGGCUGGUGCGGGAGUGCUUGGCUGAGACGGAGCGGAACGCCAGGUCCUAGCCUCCGAGUCAGCGCGAAUGCUUUCCCUCUUCUUCCCAGAAGUGACAGCUCAUGCCCCCUAUUCAGAUGAAACUUGGUUUCAAAAUGGUAACAGCUUGGUUUGUCCUCCCCGUGCCCCUCCUGGGGUUCUUCAGGCUCCGAACCUCCCGUCACUGAGAUGGAGAUUUUCGCAGUUAUUAGGUUUACAUGUUAGUUAGGAACUACCCAGGGCGUUUUGUGUUUUUUUAAGCAUUGAUUUACAUGAUGCACGUCAGUUACCUAUCACCGCAAACCGUAGUUGGCCUCCCAGAUACCGGUGUUUCUCUUCUGGAUGCAUUUCUGUUACGUGGUUCUUUGUUUCUCUUCUGAGCUGAUCCAGCUCUGAGGGUUUGUUUCAGCGAGUCCUGCGGCAGCCCUUUAGUAGCCAGCGCGUUCGCCACACACUAUAAAUUCUGCUCAGUGUAACUUUUUUUUUUUUUUGCUUAAGCAUUUGCAUGACUAUUAGUACUUUGAAAUCCAUCUUUAAAAUGCACAAGUUAUAAAUACAGAAGAAAGAGCAACUUACCAAACCUCAACCUCCAACCUCGCCUGACAAGGACCCCUGAAAUUUUCCCUAAGGAUGUAUGUAGAUUUCAGUUCUGCCUUUCCCAUCAGUGGAUCCAAACAUCUGGAAGAAAGUGACUAAUACUGUUUGCAUCUUUGUAUGUAUUUAUUACUUGAUGUAAUAAAGCUUAUUUUCAUUAACAA